AUGCCAUUUAACUUUUACUCAGUAAUUUCCAUUAGGGUAAUAGGACUGGAAUCGGGUAUGCAGACCUGUUGCAAGCCCUCUCUAUUAUCAUUUCUAUUUACCUAACCUUGUUUGUCAUCUACUUAUUUUUUAGAUCCACUCAUUGUACAGCACUAUGAAAUAUGUUGGUUUUCUUAAAACAGUCUCUUUAUCCUGUGCUGUAAACAAACUUCCUUGCCAAACCUAUUUUCAUUUACAAACCGGAGGGCUUGCGUAAAGGUAGUUGGGACUAUGUGCCAAAUUAACCUUUAACCAAGAACCCUUCCCAAUAAUUGACACAAGAUGGUGGUGAAAAUAGGCCACAACAAUUAUUAAACAUUCACCAAUAAUCCAAUUUGUAACUUUAUAAAAUAUAAAUAACAGUACAUAACUUGUCCUUGCCAAUAACUAACAAUCCAUAAAUUAUUAACGUAACAGUUCCCCGGGUGCUACCUCUCCCUAUCAUCUUACCAAUCCUUGACCACACCUCCAGGCUUAUAGGUCCCUUAGUACUGAACACUAGCCGGCUCUUUUAGCUAUGUGGGCAUGUCUAUACCUUAGUCACACCUCUGGGCUUAUCGCCCCUUUAGUGCCUACCACUAACCAGCUCUUUUAGCUCAGUGGGCACGUCUAUACCGUAGCCACACCUCAGGGCUUAUUCCCCCCUUGGAGCUGACCACUAGCCAGAGUUUAGCUCAGUGGACACAUCCAUACCACUUUGAGAUUUGGGAGGGGCGAGCACCCCUACACCGUCAUUAGUUACUAUUGGCAAGGGCACACCCCGCCUGCUGUGACAAAACAAAUAGAGACCAACAUAACAUCAUAAACAAUUCCAAAUCAAAGGGAGGGAGCUGUUGCUGAGCGGAUUAUGGAAGUAAAAUGGUUGAUGUAAGACACUCCCUUAUAUAUCCUGAACCUAGUUCCCCCUAGCUAUCAGCCAUGCACUUAAUAUUAAGUAUUCAUUGCCCCACACUCACAAUGACCUUGAUCAUGCUGUUUGCACAAGCUUUUACAUGCUAAGUUUACUUAUUUGUCAAUACUUUAUUGGUGAUUAAUGAAAUUCCUCCUUUUUGCGAUUUACCUUAUAAGCUUUGUUCUGUUUAAUAAACUUUGGACAUUCUCUGGAUUCUACGUCACUGAGUGUCCCUAAGAUUUCAGAGGGCGCACAAGUCUGGAUAGACCAUAAAGGGACACUAUAGUCACCAGAACAACUAUAGCUUAUCGUAUAUGUUGUGGUGAGUAUAGUCAGUUCCUGUAGGCUUUUUGCAGGGAAAAGGCAGUAUUUACAUUACAGCCUAGGGAUACUUAACUUUCCUCAUAGAGAUGCAUUGAUUUAAUGCAUCACUAUGAGGAGAUACUGACUAGGGAUCGACCGAUUAUCGGUCUGGCCGAUAUUAUCGGCCGAUAUUUGGUAUUUUCGGCAAUAUCGGUAUCGGCCAAUUCAGAUACCGAUAUUGCCGAUAAUAUAUAACAGGACCGCCGUGCCCAUUAGAAGCCCGGCGGUCCUGUCGGGGCCAGCCGCAAACGCUGACUUACCUUGCAAGCAGCUCCCUGUGUAAAUCUCGCGAGACCCGCGGCCGCAGAGCGUUGCCACGGGUUACCAUGGCAACGCUCCGCGCGGCACUAAGAGCCGUGAGAUUUACACAGGGAGCUGUAGGAGCUGCUUGCAAGGUAAGUCAGCGCUUGCUGCUGCUGAGCCACCACUGUACUUAACAAGCCACUGGACCACCAGGGAAUACUAUAUCCCCCUCCCUGGUAAAAAGCAGGGAGGGGGGACUAAACAAAAAAAAAAAAAACAUUUAAAUAUUAAAAAAAAUAUUACACAAAUUACACCACUACACAAACACACACUCUACACACACUACACAAACACACACUGCACACACUCUGCAUUACAUACACACUACACAAACACACACUGGGGGGGACUAAACAAAAAAAAACAUUUAAAUAUUAAAAAAAAUAUUAAAAUAAAAAAUUACAAAAAUUACAUCACCACACAAACACACACUGCACACAUACUGCAUUACAUACACACAUACUGCAUUACAUACACACACACUGCAUUACAUACACACUACACAGAAACACACACUACACAGACACACACUACACACACACCACAAACACACUGCAUUACAUACACACUACACAGACACACACUACACACACACCACAAACACACACUACACACACACUGCAUUACAUACACACACACUGCAUUACAUACACACUACACAAACACUACACACACACUGCAUUACAUACACACUACACAAACACACACUUCAUUACAUACACACACUACAUUACAUACAUACACACACACACUACACAAACACACACACUGCAUUACAUACACACACAAAAACACACUGCAUUAUACACACACACUACAUAAACACACUGCAUUAUAUACACACUGCAUUCAUUAUAUACACACUACACAAACACACACUCUGCAUCCACUACACACACACUACACAAACACACACAGUUCCCCUGUCUAAACACACUUCAUCCACUACAUGUGGCAUGUAUAUUUUGUGCAUUUACCUUUCGAAUUAGUUUAUUUAUUCAAAAUAGUAAAUGUACAGAAUAUCGGCAAGAUAUCGGCUAUCGGCCUGAAAGUUCACAGAUUAUCGGUAUCGGCUCUAAAAAAUCAAUAUCGGUCGAUCCCUAAUACUGACUGUGUUUGGCUUUUGCUGGCUCUGCCCCUGACCUGCCUCAUUGACAAUCUCAGCCAAUCCAAUGCUUUCCUAUGGCUUUUUGCAAGACAGUUAUUUUAACUUAUAAUUUAACAUUCAUUUCUAAUUCACUUAAACACUCUAAGCGCCAUAACCACUACAGCAUGCUGUGAGGAGUCAAAAAGUUUUAAUGUGGUUUGACUUCUAACCGGGAGUCUGCUUGAAGCAGUUCGACUCCUCCACUACUUCUUAUCGAAAGUUGGAUGCUCUUUAUCUCCACUAAGCCUGGCUCUGAUGCUCUAAUAAGACAAUGAGCUAGCCCUGCAUUGAAGAGGUUAGCUCCGGACAACAAACGGAAACUCCAGGUUAGGAACUUUAAGCACUUCAUAGGAAGUAGUGGAAGCAUGGCACGGCACCCAGCAGGCCGAUAGUAAGAAGUUAAACCAUUCUAAAACAAUUUAACUACAUACAAUAUAAUAGUGCCAGGGCAAGACUGGCACCAUAACCACUACAGCAAGCUGAAGUGAUGAUGGUAAUUGGAGCGUUACUUUAAAUUUGGAGCUUAGCGAAUAAAACUGUCUGUGGGGUUUAUUCACAAAACCCAGAAUUGUAGUGAAUUAAAAUCAGAAAGAAGAAUCAAAUCUAAAUUUAAUUUAAAUUAGCAAUUUAAAAAAAAACAGUAAAUAAACCCGAGUUUUACAUGUAUUACAUUACUCAACGCCUCAGAUAUGCUAAUAAUACAUAUACAAAUGGCAAAUUAUUAAUUUACAAUGACUGUCCUCUAAUAGGAGUGUAGUAUUAAGAUUAUUAGGAACACAAUUAGUAAACUUUGUUACUGCUAACACCCACAAUAAUCUCUAGUUAAUCUGUCCAACAAACUAAGAUAAAGCCAGCUCAGCAUCGACCAAAGGCCCCCAGAGCAGUAAAGAUCGACCACUACAUGCUAGAUUGUCCCUUCAGCAAUUUCCGCAUUCCUGCUCUGGGCUGACUUGACUUCCCGUUACUCUGCAAGGCCGCCUAGUUCUAAACCUAGAGCUACAACUCUUUCAAUCCACAUUGGUUCAAGUGAUGUGGUGGCCAUUUUUCUGGAGACCACGCCUUAGUACGUCGCCAAUCAACAACGUCACCAAGAUGGCUUCUAUUGCGGAAGUAGAAUAAAGUAUUGUUUAGAACUCUGAGACUGAGCUCUAACGUCAUCUUCCGGAUCUUCCGGUGUCGUCAGCUUUACGGAGAAUACGUCUUCAGACAGUGCUACGUGUCCCAGUUGUGAGAGACCGCUGUACUGAACGAGUCCACUCAGAGAUCGGCAGUGAUACCGUAACCAGCAGGUAACUAGCGCUGUAUACCGAGUGUUAUUUAUAUAUAUAUAUAUAUAUAUAUAUAUAUAUAUAUAUAUAUAUAUAUAUAUUACAGUAUAUACUGAUCUGGCAUCACUUGGGAUUAUGGAAAUCAUUCAUCUUAGUGAUUUAUACUACACAUACAUUAGAGGCAGUGGCAGGACUGGUUUAUGUGUCUGUAUAAUAGGCUGAAAUAAGACCUUAUCAGGAUUUUUACACUUGUCUUUUUAAUCUGAAUUCGGUGCUGAGCUGUAGUUUGUUAUAUUUUAUUUUCUGUACAUGUACUAGGUUUGAGGUGGCCCAUUUGUAAUGGAACUAACUUAUUAAGAACACAGUUCUAUUGUCAGGGUUUUAAUUUGUUUUCUUAAAUACACUGUCAUAAGGCCACUAUAACAAUGCUUGUUUAAUGUAAUGGUUAUGGUGCAACAAAGUAUUUGGGUACAGUCCCAGUUUAUUUUUAUUUAUUUGUCUGAUUUUGCAACAAAAACGAGGGUCGCCUCUUCCCCUAUAGACUGCCUGUUUUUAUAUAGCAUUAUCAGUAUAAACUUCAUCUAACGAUGUGAGGGCGUAUAACUAACCAGCCGCAUCUUAUAUACGCAUAAUAAAUUGAACAGGUUAAAAUGUUGAAUCAAUGUAUGAAUGUUUUAUUAAUGCAUCAUUAGUUUAUGCAGACCAUAUAUUUUAAUGUUAUUUAAUAGUUGUCUGUCUUUUUUUUUUUUUUUUGCAGACAUGGACCAGGUAAUGCAAUUUGUUGAGCCUAGCCGGCAGUUUGUGAAGGAUUCUAUAAGACUGGUCAAGAGAUGUACAAAGCCAGAUAGAAAAGGUAUGCUCAUUUUGAAGCUCUAAACGGCUUAUAUCCUUCUCAGGUGUUGGAUGUUAAUACUGUAAUAGUUCAUUGGAUAUAUAACUGAUAUUGUGUAAUGGCUUAGUAUAUAACUUUAAGCAAUUGGUCAUUUACUGUGCCCACACAUCCAGUCUGUAUUGUAUUUAGAGGUUGCAAAUGACCACAAGAAGUGAUCUUAAAGGACCACUCUAGGCACCCAGACCACUUCAGCUUAAUGAAGUGGUCUGGGUGCCAGGUCCAGCUAGGGUUAACCCAUUUUUUUAUAAACAUAGCAGUUUCAGAGAAACUGCUAUGUUUAUGAAUGGGUUAAGCCUUCCCCCUAAUCCUCUAGUGGCUGUCUCAUUGACGGCCACUAGAGGCGCUUGCGUGCUUCUCACUGUGAUUUUCACAGUGAGAGCACGCCAGCGUCCAUAGGAAAGCAUUAUGAAUGCUUUCCUAUGUGACCGGCUGAAUGCGCGCGCAGCUCUUGCCGCGCGUGCGCAUUCAGCCGACGGGGAGGAGAAGAGGAGGAUCGGAGGAGGAGAGCUCUCCGCCCAGCGCUGGAAAAAGGUAAGUUUUAACCCCUUUUCCCUUUCCAGAGCCGGGCAGGAGGGGGUCCCUGAGGGUGGGGGCACCCUCAGGGCACUAUAGUGCCAGGAAAACGAGUAUGUUUUCCUGGCACUAUAGUGGUCCUUUAAUGGAAAAUGCACACAAAAAGGAGACUGACCCAAAGAAGAAAAAUAAACUCCUAUACACCAAAUGUUAUUUUGGACUCUUAUGUGUACAUUUCUUUGCUAUUAGAGGUAUUUGAGGUCCCACUAAGGGAAAUGAUUCACUUGCCCCUCUAUUGUGUUUCUAGUUACCUUUUCCAGUGUAUUUAGAAAUCACAGAACUCCACUGUGAAACCUAUAAAAUAUGCAUAGUUAUGGGCUUUCCAGGAUGUUCUGAAGCAAGUGUCAGACGCUCAAAUCAAUCUUUUUAAUCUUCGUGACUGUGUGUUCCAAAAAAGCCUUGAACUGCUUGUGGAAAACAAAUUGGGUAACAGUUAAGGGGAGUGCGCCAGCAUUCCAAGAACCAUAACCCCUAUAGCACGUUUUUUUCUCAUUCCUUUACAGUUGUUAUAUUUACAUUUUAUAAAUGAUGGGAGAUUCCGUAUUGGAUAUUUUUAGACCACUUUAACCUCCUUUUUAUAAGGGAAUAUUCAAUGGUGACCUCACCAGGGUAUCACUGCAGCAUGCACAAUGUUCAGCACCAACAGCAGUGUACACUAUCUGAUCCAAGCUUUGGGAGAGACACCCUUCUUUCUCCCUGUGCUCUUUAAAUUGGCUCAAUGACAGAUUACAGAGCUGCAAUAGCUCACAGUGAUGGGAUACCAGUCUCAAUUCUGAGACCAGUGUCUGAUCACACAGUGUGAUCAGGCACACAGGAUUACUGGUAGACAUUGGCAGGGUCUUUUUCAACCAAGUUUCUGCUUUAAUAUCCUCUACAACAAUUGCAAUUAUAUUGAGUGGACGUGGCCAGAUGCGACUGCACUCGAUCAGAGAGAUGUAGAUGGAUUUAUUUUUGCGGUCUUCCUCUUUCCCUGAAAUAUAUUGUCUAUGCAAAACAGAUUUAACUUAAAGGUUGUAUGCAUUUGUUGGUGGAAUGUUUGAUUUUUCUUUUUGGAAAGUCUGCUGACAAGUCUUAGGUGAACUGUGGAAUGUUAACUUAUAUGACUUGUUUUAUUUUGUAAUUCUAUUCAAAUCAAUAAUGUGUGUUCUUUAAAUUUUGUUUCAGAAUUCCAGAAAAUUGCAAUGGCAACUGCCAUUGGCUUCGCAAUUAUGGGAUUUAUUGGGUUCUUUGUAAAACUGAUCCAUAUUCCCAUUAACAACAUCAUAGUGUAAGUGAAUAUUUGUUUGUCCUUAAUGUUUAAUUUUUAUUGUUGUAUAACUGUAAUUCUACAAUAAUUGUAACUUUUUUUUUUAACCAUUGUAUUGAAAGGGUAAAAACAAAACAAAAAAAACCCUCACCCGGUUCUAGCAUCAAUUUCCCUCGGCGCAGGGUCGGCAUUCUGUCGCCUCAAGUGAGAAAGGGGGUGGGCUAAUGCGCGACUAGCACUUUAGACCCUCCCCAUAGUAAAUCAUUGCCUCAGUGCUGUCCUAUUGGUAUUUUUACGGAUGCUGGGUGUCUUCAUGCAGAGUGUGAGCACGACCAAAAGUCAGUUAGCCACCAGGUAGUGCAAUUCGUGCAGUGCAUCAUAUGUGGCAGUGAUCUGUAAUUUAUCAGAACAAAAAACACACAGUGGGUUGUUUUGGAUAGGAGCUGCAUUCUGCUACAGGUCUCCUUCCCAUGCUGCCUGCUUUUGGAGGCUACUAAAGAUGCAUUAGUAUUACCGAAUAAUCUGUCCGUGUACAAACUCCUUACCUUGAAGGUGAUGGUCAUUCAAAAAAAAAUGUAGUCCGCUUACACAUUGCACCUUUACUUCACAGAUCACACAUAGCAAACCUCUUGCCAUUUCCCACUACAUGAGCUGCCCGGUGGUUAGAUAGAGCUGUGCAGCACAAUUUGUUUACUAAUAAUUUUGAUUCUCCGCUUUUCGAGGCAAAAGGCAGUUUUGUGGGAUUCUUCUUUUUUCCUUGGGUUACAUUAACACUGUUGCCCCUAUAACCUCAAUUUAUAGAAUAUACAACCCCAAUGUAAUCUGCCCUGCUAGAAGCAAUUUUUAAUUGGUUACGUUUUUAACCAACCCAUUAGUUGAUGUAUUAAACAGAUCUAGCUGUUAGGACUAAGUUUUUCUGUGCCUGUGUCAGACCCACUUGAUCAUUUAAAUCAAUCAUGUAUGUCUUACUGGUAAUUGCCGAAUAGAGUCUGUAAAGAUUUAACCCUUCCUAAUCCAAUACCACUUUCUUGUUUUUAAUAGUGGCAGUUAA